UUUAUUUGCGGUUUCACCGGCAGUCGAACGCCAACCACUUUAUUGGUCAAUGUGUAUAACAUGUGAUGCGAUGUUAAAAGACUACAAGUACAUGCAUAGAGUAAUUUUCAAAUUUCGUAACCCUUCCUGACAUCAUACGCGUUAUUGGGUGUAUAAUAACUUACAACAGAUUUGUGUGAAGUAAGUUCACGCGUCCCCACGAUUUUUAUCAGAAUAAACUUGCGUCGAGACGUUCAGUGUGCACCAAAUCGGAAUCGAUGAUAAACAUAAUCAAUAUAGUUUAAGUGCAAUGAAGUGGUCGUUCACCUUAAAAUUUAAUAUCGUAUCAGUUUGUGUUCCUUUGGUGGAAUACCAUUAAAAAAGAUGGAUGCUAAGAAAACCCAUUCCAAUGACUUCAUCGAGAAAUCGAUCGGGACUUGGGGAAAAUGGCAACUGCUUAUUGUCAUUGCUGUAUUUUUAGUAAAAUUCCCAAUCGCAUUCCAUCAACUCAAUAUAGUUUUUCUUGCUCCAUCGGUUUCAUUUAUGUGCAAUGAUAAUUCCAAUAGUACAUGUUCUAAAAACUGUUCAGGUUACAUUUAUGAUCGAUCAUUAUUUUCUGAAACAAUAAUAACCCAAUGGAAUCUCGUUUGUGAAAAAAGUCAGCUGGCGAACUUUGCCCAAACUGUUACUAUGCUUGGAAUACUAAUUGGAAACAUGGUAUUUGGCGUAAUAUCUGAUAAGUGGGGUCGAAAAGCUCCGUUGGUAUGGGCAGUUGUUAUUCAGGUCGCCAGCGGAACUUUAUGUGCCCUUGCGCCAUGGUUCUGGUUAUUUUUGCUUCUAAGGCUGAUCUGCGCUACCGCAACAGGAGGAACCAUGAUAACAAGUUUUGUGAUAGUUAUGGAAGUCAUUGGUUCUAAAUACAGAACUACAGUGGGAAUCUUAUAUCAAAUACCGUUCAAUUUAGGACACGUAACGUUAGCGCUUGUGGGAUAUUAUUUUCGAAAUUGGAGACAUUUUCAGUUGAUUAUAUCAGUUCCUCCAGCAAUUCUCAUAUUGUACUAUUGGAUCUUACCUGAAUCACCUCGCUGGUUGUUAGCAAUGGGAAAAACGAAGGAAGUCGUCCAGGUCCUUGAGAAAGCGGCCAAGUUCAAUAACCUUCCUUUAGGUAAGAUCAAAGAAAACGUUGAAGAAGCGGCCAGAAAUACAACAGUCAGUUCGAAAAAGAAAGCAGGAAACGUAUUUCAUCUUUUUAAAACUCCAGUUAUGAGAAAACGAACUUUGUGCAUAUCAUUCAAUUGGAUAUCAUGCGGAUUUUGUUUCUACGGUGUUGCUCAAUACAUGGGUCGAUUAGCGGGAAAUAUAUUCAUCAACGUUGCCCUAUCGGGUGCCGUGCAAAUCCCUGGAACAAUCUGCACCGUUUGGUUCAUUCAAAUUUUAGGAAGAAGAAAUACUUUGCUCAUUGCCGAUCUCAUUGCCGGUAUUUCAAUUUUUCUAAUUGUCGUUGUACCACCUGAUUAUUCCUGGGCUACAACUUUGCUGGGUUGUAACAGUAUGUUCUGGCUGGUCAUGUGUUUCGGAACACUAUACGUUUACUCGGGCGAGCUCUUCCCUACAACUCUGCGAAAUGCUGGAAUAGGAUUUGCGUCAUUGACUGCAAGAUUCGGAUCUAUGGUCUCACCGUUCAUUAUGGGAUUGUCGUCCACGUCGAAGUGGAUACCACCCACGUUGUUUGGCGUCGUACCUUUAAUAGGAGCUUGUUUAUGUUUUUUUUUACCCGAAACGAAAAAUUUGCCGUUGCCGGAUACUGUAGCGGAGGCAGAAAUACUUGCUAAAGGUCAAAACAAAGGAGGAAUUGAAAUGACUAACACAACAACCGGAUGCUGAUUUUAUUCUUGUUUUUCUGUGAAAGUGAUGUUUACUAAUAAAUAUGUUUUGAUACUACA